AGGCCGCGGAGCCGCGCCCGCCGCCGCCGCCGGGCCCCGUCCGCCGCCGCCGCCAUGGUGCCGAACCAGCUGCUGCUCUCCGCGGCGGUACAUGGCCAUGGUGACUAUGAUUCUGAUUUUAGUGAUGAGGAAAAUGGAGAAAAGUCUGUGCAAAAGACUAGAAGUAUAAAAGAAGAUGACCUUCUGAUAAAGCCAUUCCAAAAAGCAAAACAAAACAAUGUGGCUCACAGACAAGUUGCAGCUGAAGAAUGGGAUAGGGAAGAAGCAAGAAAAAGACGAUUUCAUUUGAUAGCUAUGGAUGCUUAUGAAAGACAUAAAAAGUUUGUGAAUGACUACAUUUUGUACUAUGGUGGCAAAAGAGAAGAUUUCCAGCGUUCCAGAGCAAAUGACAAGACAGAUCUUGAUGUUAUAAGAGAAAACCAUAGAUUCCUGUGGAAAGAAGAUGAUGAAGUAGACAUGAAUUGGGAGAAGAGGCUUGCAAAGAAGUAUUAUGAUAAAUUAUUCAAAGAAUACUGUAUAGCAGAUCUUAGUAGAUACAAAGAGAAUAAGUUUGGAUUUAGAUGGCGACAUGAGAAAGAAGUAAUUUCAGGAAAAGGUCAGUUUUCCUGUGGAAAUAAGCACUGUGAUGAGAUGGAAGGCCUGAAGAGCUGGGAGGUGAAUUUUGGUUACGUUGAGCAUGGUGAAAAGAGGAAUGCCCUUGUGAAAUUGAGACUGUGUCCAGAAUGUUCACACAAACUUAACUUUCAUCACCGGAGGAAAGAAAUCAAAUCAAAGAAGAAAAGAGGUACAGCUGUAUUGAGGUCAAAAGAACCAAAAGUUAAGAAGAGAAAGUUACCUUGUUCAACAAAAAGCAAGUCUAAAAAAAAGACCCAUAAAGAUCAGGUUUCUUCAGAAGAUUCAGAUAAUUCUGAUAAAGAUUCAGAUGGCAGUGAUGUGCAAGAUGGUCCUUCAGAUGCAGACUUUUGGAAAGGUCCUCUACAAGAGCCUGAUGAAAAAUCACGGGAGGAGGAAUUUGAUGAAUAUUUUCAAGACUUGUUUCUCUGAAACUUGAAAUGGAUGUAGGCUGAUUUUCUUUUUGGAGCAUCAAGAUUGAGUGCCUGGAAAUCCAGUCAUAUUUAGGGAAAAAAGUCUAGUCUAGUCUCUAGACUUUUCUUUCUGGUAGUGUACCAUUUCUGCAGUCCUUCCAUAUGGACCAUCUGGGUGAAGUAUCUUUGUAGAAGGAUUCAGGCCUAAAAACCUUCUUUUUCUUACAAUAGCCUGUGUACUCACAAAAUACAAGAAAUAAUCUGUUGAAUGCAAAAGAUAUACUACACUCUAACAAAGAAUAAUAUAGUUUAUUGACAGUGCAUCACAGAAUUUGGCUGCUUUUUAUUUUAUGCAAAACUUUACAUUUUGCCUGAUUUGUUUAAGGAAAGUUUUGGGAGAGUGUGUAUCAGUUUAUAACAAUAGACAUUAAUAUAUUAAUAUUUUUAAUUUAUUAAACAUGAGUUAGACUUAAAUUUACUGGUCAUGUGGUCUUUAAUAUUCAGAUAUUAGUCUUUUUAAGUAUUUUUAAAUGCUACUAGGUAAGUUCAGUUUUUAUCAAGUACAUCUUUCACUUGAAUUAAAUAUGUGAAAUGUCUUCCCUACUCCUUACUAAUGUUUAGUUCAUUAUGAAUUUGUUUUAAAUUUUAGUUAUCAUAUGAUAUGACUAAUAAUUCCAUUAAUAAAAAUCCAGAUGGUUGUUUAAAUUUUUGAUAAAUUUUUGAUAGAUAAAAUAUGUUGCUUGCCACUUGAGAUUUACACAUGGUUGGUUAUCUGUGCUUUCUGAUCUUCUUAACAUUAAAUGAAUGUUAAUCCUUCCUUAAAGUGUAAUCCUAAAUAUACAAGUAAAGAAUAUUUAUUGCUUGAGAAUCGUAGUGGGUUCAUUUUCCUAUUCAAAUUGCAACACAACUUUAAACAUUCUUUAUUGUAUGUUUCCAGAGAAACAGUCUGCACAUGAAUAGUUACAGGGACCAUUUUCUUUGUCAGAUGAAGAUGACUUUGGAUAUAACGGACAAACUUGUUUUGAAUCAAAUGUUCAUGUUAGAUAAUCUGAAAAAAGUGAAUAUAUUUUUGAUAAAUAUUUCCCACUGCAGAUGUCAUAAUAAGUAUCUGAUGUGGAAAAUGUAACAGUAGAGGUGGUUGCAGUGUAUAUAUGAACAUAUUACAUGCACUAACAUGAAUAUCAAUAGAGAACUCUAUUUACAAGUAAUAUUAAUUACAUUUUUAACGGUUUGUACUUACAUAAUAGAUGACAGUACAAGGACACAUUUACGGUGUCCUUGAGUAACAAAUAAAUGUAGGCUUGUAUCAAGGCUUCUUUAGGUAAUAAGAUGGAUUUAAAGGUUAAUUCUCUGUCAUCUUGCAAGCAUGGUUGAGAGCCAAAUCCAAUCUGCAGCAAUCUGCUUACAUGUAUGCAACUUGCCCAAAGGGGCUUUUGUAGAAUGUGUUGCUAUAUUUGUUGCUGCAAGUAUUGUACAUUAGGCAUAUGUUCUGAAUAGCUAACUCGUCUUUGGGUCUUCAAAACAGUUAUAAAAUGGUACAGUAUACAUAUUAAAUACAUCAUUUAAUACAGUUUGAAUAAAAUUACA